AUUUCCUCUUCUUCUUCUUCUCGGUAUUUCAUUUUCUUCUUCUUUUAUUCCUGCAACAAACCGUUCUUAUUUUUUUAUUUCCGAUAUUAACCUUUUCCCUCUUUUGAAGAUUUCUACGAAAUUUUCAACUUGCAUUGUCAACCGAAAAAUUUGAAGAUUGCAAUUAAGAUCUGGAUCCGAUGGAACUGAAGGCAAAUCAUACAUCUCUCCUUGCUGAAACUGCAACGUUAACGAGGACAAGGUCAAGGCUCGGCACGCCUUCGACUCUGUCUUGCUCUCCUACAGGGGGUUCCACUUUUCUCCAUGGUCCGUCCCUAACUAUUCCGAGGAAGAAGAAUGGAGUUCUCGACGAUGUUCGUUCUAAUGGUUGGCUCGACGCAAUGAGAUCAUCUUCUCCUACUCACAAGAAAAUAUCUAUGGAUGUUGGUCACGGUGUCGCGUCUUCGGAAGCCGAUGCUGCUUAUUUAACCUGGCUGCUAGAGUUUCCAUCCGCACUUUCGUCUUUUGAGCAAAUUACUAACUGUGCUAAAGGGAAGAAAAUAGCAUUGUUUCUCGAUUAUGAUGGGACUCUUUCGCCGAUCGUUGACAAUCCAGACCGAGCUUACAUGUCCGAUAAGAUGCGUGCCGCUGUUAAAAGCGUGGCAGAGUAUUUUCCAACCGCAAUAAUUAGUGGAAGAAGUCGUGAAAAGGUACAUGAAUUUGUUGGCUUGACAGAACUCCAUUAUGCUGGUAGUCAUGGAAUGGACAUUAUCGGUCCUCUUAGAGAAUCGGUAUCUGAUAAUCACCCUAAUUGCAUUAGAUCCACUGAUAAGAAAGGUAAGGAAGUUAAUUUAUUCCAACCUGCUGCUGAUUUCCUGCCUAUGAUUGAUGAGGUAAGGAUGUUGCUCGUUGAGUGUAUAAGAGACAUCAAAGGAGCGAAAAUUGAGAAUAAUAAGUUUUGUGUCUCUGUACAUUAUCGUAAUGUGGACGAAGAGAAUUGGGAUUUGGUGGCACAACGUGUUUAUGAUAUUAUGAAAGACUAUCCACAUUUACGAUUAACUCACGGUCGGAAGGUCUUAGAGGUUCGACCGGUGAUUGACUGGGACAAGGGAAAAGCUGUUACGUUUUUGCUAGAGUCACUUGGACUUAACGAUGAUGACGAUGUUCUAGCUAUAUAUAUCGGGGAUGAUCGGACAGAUGAAGAUGCAUUUAAGGUUUUGAGUGAGGUUAACAAAGGUUUCGGAAUCUUAGUUUCUUCUGCGCCUAAAGAAAGCAAUGCGGUUUACUCUCUUUGUGAUCCUUCUGAGGUGAUGGAAUUUCUCAAGUCACUUGUGGCAUGGAAAUCAAACUCUUUAGAAUAAUGUAUAGAGAAGAAUAAGCUCUACACUAUACUAUAUAUUAGUGACAGAUUCUGAUUUUGGGUUUGGUUGAGAACAUUUCAAGGGUUUAUUGGAGCAGAAUUAAGCUCUGAAGAAGUCCUUUCAAGAUAGGGAUAACUUUUUCACUAAGUUUUGUUUUGUCAAAGCUUUUGUGGUAGCUGUAAAUUAAUGGCUCAUAAUUAUAUAUGUGAAGAAGACUUAUUCAAAAUCUGUUUUUUUUUUUCUAUAAAUUAUUAUUUAAUUCAUAUUCUUUAUGAAGAAUUGAAUAUUGGGGAGUUACAUAUGAAAUUGUUGUUUAUAUGUACUUUUGAUGUCAUUAAUAUAUAUUAUAUAUUUUAUAU